UGCAGAGUGCGGACUUCAUCAAUGCCCUUGGUUAUUUCUCUGGUUUACAGGCUGAGAGGAGAGAGAGGCGAGAUGGUCAUACUCUUAGCAUGGGGUAGAGUAGGGAUAAAGACUCCUCUGUUUUCUAUUUUAUACUUACUGAAUGUACCCAAUGAAAACGGGUCAGAAGCUACUGCCGUUCCUGGGGAGAGUACUAAAUAAGCUUGAUCAAAAUGAAGGCACGACUCAUUGCUGCUAUUAUCUUGGUUGGACUGUUGGCAAUGGGCAGCGAGGCCAUUCCAUCAAACCGCUGGUCCUGCUACAAGAAAGUCUUAAAGGACAGGGACUGUCGCAAUGUUGGCAUCUCCAACGGAGUUGCGACCAUGCGACCUAUCAAUUCCCUGCAGAACCAUUUCUGGGAGGGGAACAAAUGCGACAUGGUGUGCUACUGUAACUUCAGUGAGCUCCUCUGCUGCCCAAGGGAUGUCUUCUUUGGACCCAAAAUCUCCUUUAUAAUUCCAUGCAAAACCAUCUGAGCCAUCAGUCAUUUGAAUGGACAGUGAACACGGACGGUGCAAUCUUCUGAAUUAAAACAAGAGCAAAGAGUAAAUGGGGCCAAGGGGGAUGGGCCCAUCCAUUCCGGACUACAGAAUUAUAUGCAUUUCAUUCUUCACUUGGAGACAGCUACAACAACGACAAGUUCAGAAGUCUAGAGCUAAAACAAAAGCACAAGCUUUGAAGCUGAAAAAAAGAGGCCCAUCUUUCACAAUACAUGGGCCUACAAAUAAAAUGCAUUAUUUUCAGUCUCAAACACAGCACCCAGUAUAUUUAUUAUCUGUGAAGACAAUUCAAUACAUGCAACCAGUGUCCCUCCUUUGCCAAGGCUACAGUUCAACCCUUCAUUUGGCAUUCGCAAUGAUGUGACACUCCCCGUUAAAAAAUCAAAUCAAAUUCAAAUCAAAUUUUAUUUGUCACAUACACAUGGUUAGCAGAUGUUAAUGCGAGUGUAGGGAAAUGCUUGUGCUUCUAGUUCCGACAAUGCAGUAAUAACCAACAAGUAAUCUAACUAACAAUUCCAAAACUACUGUCUUAUACACAAGUGUAAGGGGAUAAAGAAUAUGUACAUAAAGAUAUAUGAAUGAGUGAUGGUACAGAGCAGCAUAGGCAAGAUACAGUAGAUGGUAUCGAGUACAGUAUAUACAUAUGAGAUGAGUAUGUAAACAAAGUGGCAUAGUUAAAGUGGCUAGUGAUACAUGUAUUACAUAAAGAUGCAGUAGAUGAUAUAGAGUACAGUAUAUACGUAUACAUAUGAGAUGAAUAAUGUAGGGUAUGUAAACAUUAUAUUAGGUAGCAUUGUUUAAAGUGGCUAGUGAUAUAUUUUACAUCAUUUCCCAUCAAUUCCCAUUAUUAAAGUGGCUGGAGUUGAGUCAGUGUGUUGGCAGCAGCCACUCAAUGUUAGUGGUUGCUGUUUAACAGUCUGAUGGCCUUGAGAUAGAAGCUGUUUUUCAGUCUCUCUGUCCCAGCUUUGAUGCACCUGUACUGACCUCACCUUCUGGAUGAUAGUGGGGUGAACAGGCAGUGGCUCGGGUGGUUGUUGUCCUUGAUGAUCUUUAUGGCUUUCCUGUAACAUCGGGUGGUGUAGGUGUCCUGGAGGGCAGGUAGUUUGCCCCCGGUGAUGCGUUGUGCAGACCUCACUACCCUCUGGAGAGCCUUACGGUUGUGGGCGG